AUGAUUGGCGUCAACCAAGAGCUUACUGCAGAGCGCCACGACCCACUUGAGAGCUCUUGUGAGGCGAUGCUGACCAUGUCCCGAUACAUUUCGAGUCUUGUGAAUGGUCAAGAUGCAUCAAGGAGGCGACUCGUCCUUCAGCUGUCUCCCGCUUACCAGGUUACCAUCCAGCAGUAUGAGGGCCGACCGAUCAUCAUCACCACGUACGGAUCCCUUUCUCGUCCCCGUUCUCCAUUCAGUGUGCUCCGUACCGUACAUCCGUCCGGCCAGGCAACAACGACGUCUCUUCUUUCCCCCAGAGACAUUAGUCCAAUAUCGGAUCCGAUCCAGAGCAAGAAACCCAGGAUGAUCUCCCCCAAAAAGCAAGAAACCAUGCGACCAGGAGAGAUAAGAUCCCGUCUCACCACGCCGUCAUUGGAGAUCCACAUGCGCUCUUGGUGUCUCCCCGGUCGAGUGUCGUCCGGGAAGUCCGGGGAUACCAUCUGGGCAUGGAUACCAAGUAUACCAGUAUCCCAGUAUACCGCUAACUCCUGCCAAUCCAUCCGACCGUCUUCGAAGCGAGUUUGCGGUCGUGUCGAAACCCACCAGAAACCCCAAGCGAUCCAUCCCCGUAGUGGCAUCGGCGCCUAUCAGCCCAUUGACCAUGGCUAA